UGAUUGAUGUCAACCCUUAUGUAUAACCUAGUUGUGGUACAUUAUUUUGAUAUUUUUUGAAUUAAAGUAAUGGAUUUAUCAUUAUUGGAGAAUUCGGGGACGAAAACUAAUGCGAAGCUAUCGUCUGUAGGAAAAACGCUAAUAUAUGCAACUGGAGGUUUAGCGGUAGGAGUCAGUAUUAUAUGUAUACCAUUUGUAUCUCCAGCUUUUCGAAAAGUGUGUCUACCUUACGUGCCAGCUACUACAGAACAAUUACUUGGAGUAACAAAAGCCCUGAAAGGUCGAAAAGGUACCUUAUUAGACGUUGGUUCAGGCGAUGGCCGAAUUGUUUUUACGGCCUCAAAACUUGGAUUUGCAGCAGAUGGUGUAGAAUUAAACUCAGUUUUGGUGUAUUACUCCCGAAUAGCGUCUAUUUUUAAUAAACAAUAUAACAAAACAAGAUUUUUCAAAAGAAAUUUAUGGACCUUUGAUUUGAAGCCAUAUAACAACAUAGUUAUAUUUGGAGUUGAGCAAAUGAUGAAUGACUUUGAAAAAAAAUUGUUAAAAGAAGUUGAAAAUGAAACGCUAAUAGUUGUAUGUAGGUUUCCAUUACCAAAUAUGGUGCCUAUAGAAACUAUAGGGCAUGGUGUUGAUACUGUAUGGAAGUAUAUUGUGAAGAGAUAACAAAAAAUGUCCUUUGAUAACUUUAUAUUAU